AUGAAUGCAGCGGCGGUGCCGGCGCCAGAUGUCUCGGACGCCGCCCUUGAAUUGGUUGCUCUGGAGGGUUUAGCUCCAAAAAAUGACUCGGAGUUGCCGACGGUGGCUCCGGACCAGGGGAAGUCCGAAGAUAUUUCAUCUUCUGAUGCUCCAGAAUCUAGCAGCCUGUGCAGCCGUUUGUGCCUGCGCCCUUGGCGCUCCCCUCUGUUGUAUUUCACGCGGUUGCACAAGGAGUUUGGGGGUUCUUUGCUGCUUUGCUUGAUGUCGAAUUAUUUGUUUCUAAAGGGCGCCGCUUACCAUAUGGCAAUUGCUGCCUCUACACCUGUGUUUCGGGAGGUGCUGAAGCUACCUGCUGAGAAGCACAGCGUGGCGACAGCUCUCUUCAUGAUCCCUUGGAGUGUUAAGGGCAUUGUAGGCUCUGUUUCAGAUUUGUUUGCGUUGGGGGGCUACCACAAAAGGUCCUAUAUGCUGCUUGCUUCCAGCAGCGGCGUGAUAGGGUCAAUCCUACUGAUAGCUACUGCUGGCCGCCUCACCAUGGGCAUAGCAGUAGCGGGCUUCUUUCUAAUAAUGGUUCAGGCGAGCUUCAACGAUCUGUUGUGCGAGGGCGGUUUGGGUGGGGCCCGUUGUGGAUCAUCUUCCUUUUCAAAUCGUUCUGGCGCCCUUUCUGCCGCUCUGUGCCCAGCAGCUCUUUCUGCUUGUUUGGCCCUGGCCUUUCAGGGCCUGGCAAACACACGCAGGAGUGAGCACGGGCGAUUGUUUGCUUGUGCGUUAUGCUUGACGGUGUGUGCGUUUGGAUCGAUGAUAGCGGGCUUGCUGAGCGAUAAGAUGCAUGUGGUGGGCAUAAGUUACUGGUUUUGUUCUGGGGUUUGCAUAACGGCGACGGUGGUGUGCACGAUGCCUGCACACCUGGCGAAGCCUGUGCUGUACAUGUUUCUGGGGCGCAUGCUGGUGCCGAACAUCUCAUCUCAGUUUUCUUACUGGUUGAGGGCUGGGCCAGACUGUGUAGUGGAUGGGCCUCAGUUUAGUUGGAGUUAUCUGCUGACAUGGAAUGCUUUGGCGCAGUCUAUCUUUGCAUUUGUGGGCGUGGCUUUAUUCCAGCGUUUUGUUUCUCGCUGGACCUUCCGUCGCGCGUUUCUGGUUACCUCGGUGUUGCAGCAGAUGACUUGCAUUUUAGACAUUGCUAUGGUGAUGCGGUGGAACCGCAAAAUUGGCAUCCCUGAUAAGGCCUGGUACUUUUGCUCUGCUUCUAUCAUUGAGGAGGUGGCGUCUAUGUGGGCGUUCAUGCCUGGUUGCGUGUUAAUAUCGCGUUUGUGCCCUAAAGACAUCGAAAGCACCAUGUACGCAGUUGUCGCGGGCUUGCAGAACUUCGCUCAGUCUAUGUCCAAGUUAAGUGGCAACUUUCUAUGCUUCACUCUACUGGGCAUCCGCACCCUCGCCACCACAGAAGGCACUAAGUGCGAGUUCAGCAAUCUCCCUCUAGCCAUCGGACUCGCUAUGGGAGUAUGCCCUUUCCUUCCCAUCUCCCUCACCUUCUGGCUCGUUCCUAACAUAUUCAUGGAUCAGGCUGUCACGCCAGCCACCACAACGCGAACAGCCCAAGCUCCAGCAGAAAACGCACAGGAACAUGCAGCAGCAGCAGCAGCAGCAGCAUUGCCCGAUUCGGAUGCGGUCGCCGCUGCUGCUGCAGAUAUAGAACAGCAUGGAGGUGCAGCAAGCACAGAAGCACCUCCCAGUGGGGUCACAGAAGCAGCAGAUGAAGCCGCAACGCCUCCGGCUUCAGCAAGUGACGAUGGCAGAGCAGCAGCAGCAGCAGAGUUGGAUGAAGCAGCAAAAGUGGCCGCAGCAGCAGAGGCGGGAAUAGCGCCAGCGCCAGCUGACGAAGCAACACCAAAUCCAGAACCAGCUGCCGCAGGGGUAACACCACCAGAAGAGGCAGCAGCGCAGGCAGCACAAUCACCCGCUGCAACUCCGGCGUCAGAGAACGGACAGGAUGACAAUGCUGCUGCUGCUGCAGCUGUUGCAGUUGGAGGUGGCGGGACAAGGGAGGGGGAAGCCGAGCAGCAACAGCAGCAGUAG